AUGAUAUUGCUUAUGGGUUUUUAUUAUCCAUCUAAAAAUGAUGAUUAUAAAAUUCCACCAACUACAAGCAAACUUCCACCAUUGCUUACAUCACGUGGUUUUGCAUUACUUGAUGUUAAUUAUCAUGGUUCAACAGGUUAUGGACGUAAAUUUCGUCAUAAUUUAAAAGAAAAUUGGGAAAUAUAUGGUGUUCAAGAUUGUAUAGUUGAUGAUGAAUAUCUAGUUUAG